AUGGAAGUUAUGUUGGACAGAAUGUUCCAGGGUACGGUUGCCACUGGAAGUGUUACUUGGAAUCCUGCACAAGGUUUAUGCAAUACUGAGAAUCCUGAGGCCACACAAGUUGAUAUUGGUGAUUGUGCAGGAUCUACUGAUGAUACUUUAGAGUAUAUGGAUGACUCUCCUGAAAGAGAAUUUCAUGAAAAAGAGGACGAGGAAUAUUGGCAACUUGUGGAAAUUACUCAAGCCGCAAUCGCUUAUCAAGCAAUAUACAAUGAGAAAAACCUUGGUUGUAUUGGAGCUAUUGAUGGCACUCAUAUCCGAGCGAUGAUACCUGUACAAGAUCAGAUUCGUUUUAUUGGUCGAGAAGGUAAAUAUUAUUUAGUAGAUGCUGGAUAUCCAAAUCCGACGGGUUAUUUGGGACCGUAUAAAGAAGUUAGAUAUCAUUUGCUAGAAUUUCAACAAGGUCCUGCCCCUACAGGCUAUCGAGAGGUAUUCAACCAUGCUCAUUCCUCGCUGCGAUCGGAAAUUGAGCGAGCUUUGGUGUCUUGA